UCGGAUGGAACUAUAAUUAUCCGCCACGCACGUGACCCAUUCAUUCUCAAAAAACAACUACUCUCAGCUCAGAGCGAAUUUUUGAAACUUCACGUUUAAAAUGAGCUUGAAUGACCUCAAUCCUGGUUCAAUACAUUAACUUGGCCUUUGGCUACAACCCAAUAUCCAGGAAGUCAUGGUUGGUAGGAAUACUUGGCCAGUGUUGGGGAUCCAGCCCCUGAACCACCUCGAGCAUGCCACUCAAAUCAUAACCGAGGCUACAGCACUGCUGGAGUUUGACAACACCAAACGCGCCAAUCUACCAGCCCAAUCUUUGGAAGCCUUUUUUGAAUAGCAUGAUCACUUUAGCUAAGGAAACCCGAGAGCAACCAUCGCCACAGGAGAUCCUAGGAAAACUAAACAGCCUGCAGCCGAUCGUAGAGGAUCACGCUCAUCAAAAAUGCAGUCCACAACGUACUCCGUUUGCCUGCUCCCAUCGUGGCAUUGUCAGUGUGCUGAGCAGGCUCUUGUGCUAGCGAGAAAAUCACAGGUCCAUAGGACAUAUUGAGUAUUUGGCCAGCCCUCUCCAGCCCGCUACAAUACCACCCAACAAAAGCAAUUCCAGUCAGACAUCCGGGGUAUUAAUGUCAUGGCUAGCAGGGGGGUGGGUAAGAGCCCGCAGUACUUAGGACUUCCGUGGUCAACUUUGCCAAUGAGAGUGAUCCCAACUUUGACCACCGUGACCCUUCAUCGCAGAACUUGAAGACGAUGGCGUGCCUCCAAGUCAAAGCAGGAUCCCAGCAGUGCCAUGAGAGCAGGCCAUAGUCGCGCUGCCGCUGACACUAGAUGCAGUCAGUAUACAGUCCUAUAAUUGAACCGAUAUUAGUAGCCGCAGGAGUGUCUCUGAAAGCAGCGACCUAGCUGCCGAAC